AUGGUGAAGAGGAUAUACUUUCUGGCCCAUGGCGGUCAAGUGCAAGGUGUCGGAUUCCGGUACUUUACGCAAAAGAGAGCCACAGAAUAUGGUCUUACGGGAUGGUGUCGCAACACUGAUAACAACAAGGUUGAGGGAGAGGCGCAAGGUGAUGAGGAUGCGCUGAAGAAGCUGCUUAAGGACAUUGACGAGGGACCGAGAUCCGCCAGGGUUGUCAAGCUUGACCAGGAGGAGAGAGAUCUUGUUCAGGACGAAAAGGACUUUGCAGUUCGGCGAUGA